AAAACAGUUUUGUGACUGCCAGCUACUGCGGCGCUACUGUGUGCUCGCUGCCUCUUCCUUCAGAAACCAGACGCCCAUUUGCUAGAACUAGAACCCGGAGCAUAGUUAUGUUGUUCCUUUGGGCCCUUCAAUUAACUUCACUGUUAUUGGCACCAUCACCGCCCUAUCUCUUAUGCAGCUAGAACUAGAACUCUUCCUACAAUCUCGACAUUUUCAUCCUUGCCAUUAACACAGUAUAUUGUAGUAAAUUAAAUUUGUGUUUUUUUAUUUAAAUUAACAUAUCCAUGGAAUCCCAACAAAUUCUUUCUGGGUUUUGUCUGAAAUCAUCGAUAGUGCCAUCAAGUCCAAUUGUGAAACAGCCAUUCUCUUUGAAGUUCUCUUCUUUACCUUCAUUUUUAUACCCUUCUAUUCAGUCCCAGAAUCUUGAGGUUCCUAGUGGAACUUUUUCUCCUAUCAGCAUUGUGCAUAAAGAAGGGUGUUCUAGUUCUUGGAGGACAAUAUGUUGUAGCAGGAGUAGUACUACAGAACCAAUGGAGGGCCAUGAGGUCAGGGCUCACAUCACAGUGAGAAGGAAAAAACUAGCAGUUUUUGUGUCAGGUGGAGGAUCCAACUUCAGAUCAAUUCAUGAGGCCUCCAAAAGGGGAUCACUUCAUGGAGAUGUUCUUGUAUUGGUCACGAAUAAAAGUGAGUGUGGAGGUGCAGAGUAUGCAAGAAAUAAUGGUAUCCCAAUUAUUUUGUUCCCUAAAGCAAAGGAUGAACCCAAUGGAUUAUCUCCAAAUGACCUUGUUGAUACACUAAGGAAGUUUGAGGUUGAUUUUAUUCUUUUAGCUGGAUUCCUCAAGCUUAUACCUGUGGAAUUGAUCAGAGCUUAUGAAAGAUCUAUAUUCAACAUUCAUCCAUCACUUCUUCCAGCUUUUGGAGGCAAGGGCUAUUAUGGCAUGAAGGUGCAUAAAGCUGUAAUUGCUUCUGGAGUGAGAUUUUCAGGUCCUACAAUUCAUUUUGUUGAUGAACACUAUGACACAGGACAUAUUCUUGCCCAGCGUGUUGUCCCUGUGCUUGCUGAUGAUACUGCUGAGGAGUUGGCUGCAAGGGUUCUCAAGGAGGAGCAUCAGUUGUAUGUCGAGGUGGUAGAGGCUUUAUGUGAAGAGCGUGUAGUUUGGAGGGAAGAUGGUGUUCCUCUCAUCCAAAGUAAAGAAAACCCCAAUGAGUUUCACUGAUUAUCAAUGAUAUGGGUAUUUUGGUUGGAGAUUUUGCUUAUAAAACCUUCAUAUUUACCCCAAAUUUGUAGUAAAUGAAAAUGUACUCAUGUCACAUUGAAUAUAAUAAGGAGGAAGUCACAUACAUUCUCCUGACCCGUUCUGCUCAAACUGUUAAUUUGCUCUCAAGUAGAUUUUAGUAUCAGGUUACUGGUGUAUUUUUGGACUCCUUCACUCCCACACAAAAUUCUGCUAAAUUAUUAUGAUUUUAAUCCAUAAUUAAGAAAUUAUCUGUAUACUAUUUGGGUAAGAAAUUGAGUUGUAGAACAUGAGCAAUGGAACUGUCUGGGAAUGCCAAAACUUCUAUGCCUAUGGUCCUAUCCUUUGCC